AUCAUCUUCUUAGAGAGAUAAGGGAAGAGACCAAAUCUCUCCUCUGCUAUCCACUUCCAUUCUCCACCAUGCUUUCCUUAACUUCAACCACCCUCAAACCCACCUUCUCUCCCUUCACCUCCACCUCCACCUCCACCACCUUCCUCAGCCCUCACCCACCUUCCCUCCACCACUCCAAACCUUCCCCUAAACCCAUCUCAGCCUCCAUCCAAAACCUCCCCUCUGCCUCUAAAGAACCCACAAAACAAGUCUACCAACCUUUCCGGCCGCCCCCAUCUCCGAUCCCGGAGAAGUACCGCUCCCUCGACGCCAAUGGCCGCCUCGACAUCCUCGCCAACCGUCUCGGCCUCUGGUACGAGUACGCCCCGUUGAUCCCUUCGCUUCUCCAACAAGGCUUCACGCCUCCCAACAUUGAGGAAAUGACAGGCAUCAACGGAGUCGAGCAGAACCGCCUUGUCGUGGCGGCGCAAGUGAGGGAGUCUCUCAUUCACUCCAACACCGACCCGGAAAUCGUGGCCGAGUUCGACACCGGAGGUUCGGAGUUGCUGUACGAGAUUAGGCUGCUGAGUGUUCAGCAGCGGGCGGCGGCGGCGAGGUUCAUUGUGGAGAAGAAGCUUGAUUCCAAAGGAGCUGGGGACUUGGCUCGUGCGACCAAGGACUUCCCAAGGAGGCGUGGGGAUAAGGGUUGGGAGAGCUUUGAUUAUACUCACCCUGGAGAUUGCUUGGGGUUUAUGUACUAUAGGCAAGCUAGGGAGUAUAAGAAUCCUAGUGAAGCUAGGACUGCGGCGUUGGAGGAGGCUUUGAAGGUUGUGGGGACUGAGAUUGCGAGGAGUGUGAUUGUCAAGGAGUUGGAGGGGGAGAGUGGUGGGAGUGGGGAGGAGGAAGGGGAUGUUGUGGCGGCGGUGAAGGUUCCCGUGGUGAGGCUGAAGUUGGGGGAGGUGGCAGAGUCAACUAGGGUAGUGCUAUUGCCAGUUUGUAAGGCGGAGGAGAAGGAUAAGGAGGUAAUGGAGGCGCCGUGGGAGUGUGCGAGUGAGGGGGACUUUGGAGUGGUGGCGGCGGAGAAGGGGUGGAAGAGGUGGGUGGUGCUGCCGGGGUGGGAGCCAGUUGUGGGAUUAGCAAAGGGAGGAGUGGUGGUUUCGUUUAGUGAUGCGAGGGUGUUGCCGUGGAAGGUGAAUAGGUGGUACAAGGAGGAGCCGAUAUUGGUGGUGGCGGAUAGGAGCAAGAAGGAGGUAGCAGCCGAUGAUGGGUUUUACUUGGCGGCCGUGGAUGGGGAGGGUUUGGGGUUUAAGGUUGAGAGGGGAUCGGCAUUGAAGGAAGCCGGAGUGAAGGAGAGUUUGGGGACUGUGGUGUUGAUAGUGAGGCCACCUAAAGAUGAUACAGAAAAUGAAUUGGCUGAGGAAGAUUGGGAGUGAAGGAAUGUGAGGAUUUUGUAGCUGUGAAUCUUUGUAACAAGUUACAAUGGAGAUUUAUACAGUUUAGAUAUAAGAAUUUCAGUAAUGUUGGACACAUGAGAUGAGGUUUAGAUCAAUGCUCAAGACAGGGUUUUUUCCCCUCUCCUUGCUUCUUUAGCCUUGAUGGCCAUGUUGUUGUAAUUUCCAGAGUUUUGAUCUUUUUGUAGGAGGGUUUACUCUGUAUGUUGAUCUUACAUUUGAUUAAUGUAUAAGCAAUAUUUAUGACUUCACAA